AGGAGAUCGUACUCCAUCGCUGACAAAAUUUCGUAGAUGAUCGCGUCAAUUUCCGGUGAAUGUUUUUCGGAUGCAUGUUCUCUAUUCGGAGGAAGAUAAGUAUCCAGCAAUUGAUUGAAUUUCGAGGAAGAAAUUAGUGUAAACUUCGAGAAAAUGCGGAGAUCGAGGGUGGUUCAUGAAGGAUGGAUGGUGAGGUAUAAACGCAGGAAGAUUGGCAGAUCAUAUUUUCACAUGCGAUAUUUUGUGCUCGAGCCUCGAUUUUUGGCCUAUUACAAGAAGAAGCCCCAAGAUGGCAUGGUACCAGUGAAGACUCUUCUCAUAGAUGGCAACUGUAGAGUGGAGGACCAAGGAGUCAAGAGUCUCAAGCCUAACAAUGAUCACAUGAUUUACGUUCUGUCAGUUUACAACAAGAAAGAUAGUUCCAAUCGCAUGACGAUGGCAUCUUACAGCAUUCAGGAGGUUCACAAUUGGAAAGAAAAACUUGAAUCUAUUAUUGAUCAGCAGCAAGGGUCAAAUUCUGCCCAUGGUAACAAGUACUUUUCUUUUGAGUAUAGAUAUGGCUUGGAUACUGGGAGAAAUGCUUCAUCAUCAGACCGUGAUGCUGCAGAAGAAGAAGAUGAUGAUGAUGAUGAUGAUCGUCCAGAUUCUCCACACCAAACGAUAGGAGAUGGUCCCCCUGAAUCUGUUUUUGACUGGACAGAUGAAUUAGAUUCAAAUUUACACAUUCAGAAUUUCAACAGUCAGGCCUUUACAAAAAAGUCCUGGCGCCUUCUUCAGUGCCAAAAUGGGCUUCGAAUUUUUGAGGAGCUUCUUGAAGUUGAUUUUCUUCCAAAGAGCUGCAGCAGACCAAUGAAAGCUGUUGGGGUAGUUGAGGCUACUUGUGAAGAAACGUUUGAGCUCAUAAUGAGAAUGGAUGCUACGCGAUGCGAGUGGGAUUGCAGUUUUCAGUAUGGUAGCUUGGUUGAAGAGGUAGAUGGACAUACUGCUAUUCUAUAUCAAAGGCUUCAGUUGGACUGGUUUUCAAUGUUUGUAUGGCCUCGUGACCUCUGCUAUGUACGCUAUUGGCGUCGAAAUGAUGAUGGGAGUUAUGUUGUCUUGUUUCGUUCUAGGGAGCAUGAAAGUUGUCGCCGACAACGAGGAUAUGUGCGGGCUCAUAUUGAGAGUGGAGGGUUUAAUAUAUCACGUCUACAGUCUCGUGAUGGAAGACCUAGAACAAAGGUCCAGCAUCUUAUGCAAAUUGAUCUUAGAGGCUGGGGAGCUGGUUAUUUUUCAUCAUUUCAGCAACACUGUCUUCUUCAAAUGUUAAAUAGUGUCGCUGGCUUACGAGAAUAUUUUUCUCAAACCGAUGAAAGGGCCAUAGCUCCUAGGAUGCCACUUAUGGUUAAUAUGACAUCAGCUUCCGAUCCUUCAAAGAAAAGUAAAAGAUUUCAGUCAUCUUCCUUUCGCUUCCCCAAUUCUUCUAACAGGAUGAUGGAUGAGUGCUCAGAUGAUGACGAAGAUUUUCAGUGUGCUGAUCAAGAGGUUUCUACGUCAGAGGUUAAUGACAAAAGAAAUGAAUCCUCUGACGACGAACCUGAACUAGACAUGAACUUUUACUUUGGCAACCUUCGCCGCGAUGAUCAGGAAAAUGCCCGUAAUUGCUGGACAUUAUCUGAUGGGAACAACUUCAGAGUACGUGGUAAGAAUUUCUGCAGCGACAAAUCAAAGACUGCUGGCGGUAAGCAUCUUAUGGAUCUUGUUGCCACAGACUGGUUCAAAAGUACGAAACGAAUGGAUCACGUUGCCAAACGCCUUGGGUGUGCAGCACAAGUUGCAGCAGAUAGAGGACUUUUCUCUAUUGUUAUUAAUCUCCAAGUACCAGCUGGAUCCACACAAUACAGCAUGAUUUUUUACUUUGUAACAAAGAAUUUAGUACCAGGAUCUCUCUUGCAACGGUUUGUUGAUGGAGACGAUGAAGCCCGCAAUAGUAGACUGAAGCUUAUACCAUCAGUACCAAAGGGCUCUUGGAUCGUACGGCAGAGUGUCGGAAGCACUCCUUGUUUACUGGGAAAAUCUGUUGAUUGCACCUAUAUCCGCGGCUCCAGUUACUUGGAAAUCGACGUUGAUAUCGGUUCCUCUACUGUGGCAAAUGGAGUACUGGGGCUUGUGAUUGGCGUUAUCACAACGUUGGUUGUAGACAUGGCUUUUAUUUUACAGGGUAACACGCCGGAGGAGUUGCCAGAGCGAUUAAUCGGUGCCGUCAGGAUUUCUCAUCUAGAAUUAUCAUCAGCACUAGAGCCCAGAGAGGAAGAUGAUUUUUGACUCAAAUCAAGUUAUAAUCACCAGUUUUCAACAACACCCUGAGGCCUUCAAAUAUUGAUUUAUUGCACUUGCACCAGCUAUUUAAAUGAUUGCUGCACUUCUCCAGAGAGCAUUUUCCCAUCGUUUACAUUGUCAUUAUUCGUUAAUUUUUUUUUCUCAAAAUUUUCUACUACUCUCAUCGGUACACGCUGGUAUUAAAGAGCACGUGCUUUAUGCGUGUCGACUGUAAAUAGAACUUGUUUUUGAUGCGUGGCAUAAUUUGAUGGUGAAUAUGUAACUCCUUCAGU